GCGUGACGUCAGAGUCAGCUGUGCCUCGCGCAAGCGCUGUCCGCGUGCACGCGCGUGUGUGGAUGAUUCAGCAGCAGCGGCUCGAGCUCUGAGCAUGUGCGGCACAAACAGACUGCACGCGGACAAAAGGCGUUCACGUUAGCGUCUCCUCUCCGUCAGGGCGCGCGGAGGUGAUCGUCGGCAGCGCGAGACCGACCGAGCCUGGGAGGAACCUCCACAGGCCCCACAGCUCAGCGCCGUUUACUGGGACUCUUACCGCCGCCCGGCCUCCAGCACACCGCCAGCGGCCGGAUAUUACCUCGGCACAGCCCGGCUCGUAGCCCGGUACAUCCCGGCUCACAGCCCCAUUACAGCUCGGCUGUCUUCAUCCAGUCGAGCAGCACAUUUCCGCAUUUCGGCGUCAGAUGCUCCGAGUGGUUCGCAGAUCCUCUGACUCUGUGUCUCCAUGGUGAAGUGGGCGGGGUUUGAUGUCAGCCCCUCAUCUCGUCGACCCUCCCGCCAUGCCCACCAUGGUCUCUAGGUUGCCCAAGUUUGGUUCUCGGCCCAGAUCUCAGACGGCUCCCGCCGCCACCGCCGCUGUGAGCACCAGUGCUGCUGCUGCUGCCGCCAGCGCCGGCACCCGCCUCACCAACGGGUUCUACCACCACCCUGGACCAUCAGGGGGCAACGGCGCCCUAACGGCGCCCCCGUCCUCGGCUAAACAGAAUGGAUUUAUCCGAGUGCCGAGUUCGAUUUCUGUGAAAUUGAGGAAAGAAAAUGGAUUGAUGGAGGACGGCGGCGGUGAUGGGGAGAGGGCGUGGAGCCGGGGGAAGGGCGGGCGGAAUCGCAGCAGCGUCCAGCAGUUUUACUCCCAGCGUGACGCCAAAAAAGCAGCCUCUGUGGAAAAGGGGCGUGGCUUUGGCCAGCCUGUGGCAUCAUCAUCAUCGCCGUCUCCACAGUUCAGCCCCAGCACGCUUCCUGCUUCCAAAAUCAGAUCCAACAAACUGAGUCCAUCAGGGCCGACCAACGGCGCCAAACACGCCCUGAACGGCGUUUCGGGGCCCAAACUGCGGCCCGGACCCAGCAGCUCUCUGAGACGGCCUCAGAGUUUCCUCUCUCGUGCCGGCGGUUCUGGUCCCGGAUCUCGAGCUGGUUCCCCGUUCCAGAAGAAGACUCCAGCCAACCGCUCGUACUCCAGCGACAGCCUCGGCUCCGCUGUCUCCGUCCGGCUCACUGAAGACGAUCGCUUUCGCUCACGGAGCCUCACCCAGGUCCGACGGCAGCCCUCCCCCACCCUCACCCCUUCCUCCGCCUCCUCCUCGUCCCUCCCUCAGUCCCCCUCCACCAGCAGGGCUCCACCUAAAGGCAGCCUGCUGAAACCACCUGUUAGCAGCCAGGCAGGUAGAGGCGGAGCCAGUGUUGGUUCUGCUGCUUCAGCGAGGUCGGGGCUCCCCUCCCUCCUGCCUCCGUCUGCCUUAAAGAAACCCCUCCUACCCAGCCUGGGCCCCACCUCCAGGCCCAGUGGCAUCAGCUACAAGAUGUCACGCCCAACACUCAUCAAGCAGUCCCGCCCACUGCGAGCGACGACAGCCAAUCAGUGUGUAGACGACCAAGGACUGAGCAGAAGGAAGGACUCUGUAGAGACGCCUUCGACGACAGAAAACAGCCCAGAAAACACUCCAGAGGCUCCGGACGCAGAGGAGCUGCCGGCAGAGCCUGCAUCCCAGGGAGAGGUGUCGAUUUUAGGGGAGACCCUGGAGGACAUGUCCCUGUCUUCCACCUCCUCUCUGGAUAGAAACGACACCAGUCAGGAGUACAUGGACGACUUUGACAACCUCGGAAACGGAGGCGUCGGCAUCCUGCUGCUCUCCUCCAAAAAUGAGGAGGACGACUCCGGGCUCGACCAAUCGUGCGCCAGGUUUGAUGACGACAAGGUGGUCGCUAAUUGUGUCACCAAGGCGACCGGGCUGUGUUUUCUGGAUGAUGGUAUCGACUGGAGCGUGAGACUCACAGGUGAACGAGGAGACCAUCAGCUGACCCGAAUCUCCCGCCGGAGACGGUCCAGUCAGCCGGACUACCAUGAGCAGGGCGGCUCGUCCCUGGACCUGUCCCCCUCCGACAGCUGUGGGUCCGGGGGCACCUACAUGUGGGACGAGGAGGGUCUGGAGCCCCUGGGGGGCGCCGCCACAACCGCGUCCAUUCACACCAGCAGCAACACCACCCACCACAUCGGGAGCUUCGACUCCGACCUCAACAGCAUUGACAUCCUGAACAACCUGGACUCGUGCGAUCUGGCUGAUGAUGAUCUCAUGCUGGACGCAGACUUCCCAGAGGAUGGCUCUCUGCACAGCGACGGAGACGGGCUGUCCCACAUGGCUCAGUGGAGGAAGAGGCAGCUCUGCUGGGGGACGCAGGACGUCCACAACGACAACGAAGGUCUCAGCGAUUUUCAGAGCUACAAGCUCACCGAGGAUCCUGGGAAUAAGAGGACGGACUCAAACAGGGACGGCGAGCUCGUCCUGGACCUCUGUCCUCCUACGAGCUCCACCUCCCCGUCUCCUGGUACUCCCAGUCUGGGUCUGGAUGUGGAGGAGCUGGCUGAAGACUGCUCGGCUGUCAGGUGUCAGCUGGAGUACCUGCAGAGGUUACUGCUGCAGGAGGACGACGGCGAUGACGACACUCUGACCACAGACACUCUGAGUCCCGAGGCCAACGACUCUUCGCGUAGCUCAGACUCACAGGUCCAGGCUCUCCUGCAGGAGGUGCAGCAGCUCAGAGAGGAGCUGCGGAGCCGUGACCGAACCAUCGCACAGCUCACCCAGCAGCUGACUGUUCCCAUGGUGACCACCAGGUGUCGCUGCCAUGAGAUGACGGCAAAGACGGAUCAGCACACGCAGACGAGUGUGACGGAGAGAGAGAGCGCGGGCUGGACGCUGUGGAGAGAGCGCACGCCACAGAUACUUCACUCCUCCAAUCAGGAAGACCAGGAGCCACUGACAGGUCGAGUCCCGACGCCACAGCGAACUCAAGCUCCGCCUUCCACUAACAUCUGCCCCGCACAUCCCGAAACCCCUGCUGACAGACUCCACCAGCCCCCAGCUCCCAGUUCCACCCAUCCAGCGGCCCACGUAGGAGAGGAUGACGGGAAAAAGCAGAGGAAGGUGGAGGAGACGAAGUCGGGGGAAAGGAAGAAAACCCACAGCAGGUACCUGCAGCCGCCGCAGCCCUCCAAGCUCCGCCUCUUUCCAAAGACGAGGGCGGCACGCGACCCCGACACCAACAGCACCUCUGGACUGAAUUUCAGAACGCUGGCCUUCACCUCCACCUCCUCCCGCCUCCCCAAACCAAAGAACCACUGAAGCGUCUGAAUCCUUCCUAACACGCAGCGACGCGAGCGCCGAACUUCCUGUAAAAUAAAACGAGAGCUGCAGAUAAUCGAAGCUUUAGCCGAGGCUGAAAUGGACACAGUUAAUUUAUUUAACCUUAUUUUAAGAAGUUGUUGAGAAUAAAGGUUUAAGUCUGAGUACUUUGCACAGAAACUUAACAAAAACAGUCAGUGGAUCCUGAAGGAGGCGGUUUCUGCAGAGAGUGGGAGGAGCCAUCAGGUUUAUCUGACGAUGGAACGGAGGUAUGUGAGGUUUUGGCUCUUCAUCACAACCUUUAAGGAUCUUUAAAUGUCAGGGUUUUAUUUUCUUUCCAAAACGCUUCAUUUAUUCUAGCAUCAACACUAAAACUGCACCGAGAGCGACCGUUAACCAGACUGAAACGCCUCUGAUCUCGGCCUCUGAUCGGUAUUUAAGGGCCGCUCCUCUGCUGCUGGUUUCAUAUCAAACAUCGGUCCUCUUCCCUCAGAGGCUCGCUCCGUCUCGCUGUGUGUUAGGAACCGAUUUUACAGCUCCUGAACUUCCUCCGACUCCUCCAUCCUUCCCUGAAGUCCAACCACAGUGAGUCUUCCUCAGUGGAGAGUCAUGAAUGACGUGCAUCCACCUUAACCCCCAUCACCACCGCAGACUGCAUCCUCCUUCAACCUUCAUCUUUACAGACUCUGAUCAUCUCGAAGGUCAGAAAGUUCCAGGCCCUUGAUCUCGUCGCCCUGCCUGUCCGUGUGUUUUCAGUUCGGUGUUCACUUCACUGUGUUUAGUUUAGAAACCUGUUGGUUUUCAGACAAAUGAAGACUCCCAUAUGAGGCUUCUUGUCCGAAUCGCUGCUGGUUGGUGUGAACACCUCCUUCCUCCUGCAUCAGCUGUGAAAGUGUGGCAGUCUUUGUUCCCAUAAAAGCCGUUGGAAGAACAUCUGUGUGCUUGAAGAGUCCUGAAGUUGGAGGUUUUUUACCAUCUGGUAGUGAUUUGAAAAUCAGUCCAGCAGAAGUCUGGAUGGACACAAAAGUCUCAGCAUGCUGCAAGCGCUCCAGCUCUGUUCUGACUUUGGGUUAAUGCUGAAGGCACAGCGAGCUAAACCAAGGACCAGGGUCUGAAUUAAAUGGUUUGGGGAUGUUUGUUUCAGUCUACUGUGACUGUCCCCCAAAAACCGUCCAACUAAAAUAAAGUCAGAGCUCCAGAGGUUUCACCUCAGAGGCCUGACGAGUGAAUCCAGGCUUUGCUGUUUCUGCAGAGGAAGCAUUCAGGCGGUCAGCAGAGACAUCUGCUGAAUCUUCUCUGAGCUUUUAGCUCUGCUGUGGAAGCAGAAAUCACAGCGUGCAGGAGGAGGAAGGUUUCCUCCCAGGUCAAAAUAAUCCCUACUAAUCUGAUACUGGAACGAGAUGUUUUAGCUCCUCCCCCUUUGGUGUGAAUUAAAGGGCCACACCAAGAGAUGAAGGAGCUCCAAUUAGUUUGCUUUUUAGGAAACGGCUGAGAUGAGCUCGGCAGUAUGGUGUGAAGCAUGCUGAGGCCUUCUUGUCUGAAGGCUGGAGUCAUUUCAGAUACUCAGUAAACGAAUAAAAGGGUAGAAAGUUCAAAUAAUUUUAGGAUUACGGGUGAUCAGAGGAGGAGCUGGUAGCUUAAGUGUCUUUCCUUGAAGGCAAACUGACAUUUCAGCCCGUCUGUCAGUCGUCCUUUGAACAUUUGGACAUUACUGCGUCUCACUUUUUCACACUGAGUCGUGCAGUCAGGAUCCAGCUGUUGAACCACGUUCACUCUUCUACAGGACAACGAGUCUCCCUCAUACCUGACAAAUCAAGCAUAGUCUCACUUCUGUCAGCGAUUAACUGUCAGUGCUGCUCGCUUUGAUAUUAGUAACUGUAUAUGCAAUAAAACAUGCAACAGAGUCGCAGGUUCAAACCCUAAAAGAGGACACUUUGUUGCAUUUAAAAUAUAUGCAAGACCAGUUCAGCUUAGUUCCACGCUUCACGAAGAAGAGGACGCUCGCUGUCUCUACAGACAAUCCGUAAAUCUGCUAAAUCCUGCGCGUCCGGUGCCGAGAAACGAAGUAGAAACAGGUUUGGGGCGAUUACUGAAACUACGAGGCGGCUCGGUGUGAAGAACGACGGCAGACUGAGGAAACUGCCCCGGUUUACUGGCUCCGGCUCGCAGUGACGCUUUAAACAUGAACCGAACACCGUCGGGUUGAUUUGAACUGACGUCGUCUUUAAGACGGAAAACAAAGUGUUCACCGGAUUUUCAGACAUCUUUGAUUCGGUUCCCACCUGGUGUGCCACGAGUCCACGUCCGUAUAUUACCACAAACAUAUUUAGUAUUCAUAUUCACAACUUCACACAAAUCCUUUUAAAGGAAGUCCUGGUUACAGCCAAAGCCCCGACUGACCUCGAAUCUACCCGAGCAGAGUCUGACUGUGCUGGCGUCAGGUUUGCUCAUUUGAAUGCUUUAAAUCAUCGUUCCUCGUUCUGCUCUGAGCCGCAGCGACUUUAACAUGAGCAGGUUUACUCAGACGUCUGCUCUUAACUUUCUGCUGCGUCACUGCUCAGAUCUCGUCGUUCGCUCCCAGCGGGGAAAUCUGAGCCGCCUUAAUUCAUGCGAGCGACACGAAGCCCAGCAGGGCGCGUUCGCAGCCGAGCUUCAGCUGCUGCUGCUCUUAAAAUUCAUCAUCAAAGUCCUGAAACACACAGUCUGCAGGAACGCUGUGAUUGAUGUUCCUCGGUGAGCCCCUCAUCGACGGGGGGAAAUGAAAGAGCAGAAAGCAAACAGGGAAUGUCCGUUUGAAAUGAAAGAGGGAAAUAAAUUAGUGCACUCUGUUUAUUUCAUCUGCUUCAAACAAGGUUUGACAUUUUCUUUUCCACCGUUUCACCAAAAACACUUUUCACACAACCAGAAAAAAUGAAGAAAAAAAAAAAUCAGCCACCUCAAGGCUCCACCUCGGCCUUCGUGUCUCCGUCUCUGCCUGUUUGUCUAAACCCUCCAGAAGCUGAAAUAAUGGAAGUGAGCGGCUCUGAGCGAAGACUCGCUGAAAGCUGCUGAAUCUGAAACAAGCAGCCAAUCACAGCCGUUUGUUUGAUACAAAAACACCUGAUAUACCUCCUGUAAUCAUGGAGACUAAUCGGGGCAGUUGAAAACAAUCAUGUCCAAUCAGCGCAAAGCACGAAAGAAAACCUUCAAAGUAAAACAGGAAGUGAACUAAAGACACAGAGCAACCUUCAAAUCAGUUGAGGAACCAAAAACUCUAAAAUCUGAAACAAACGCCAAAACCCGGAGCAGGACAGUUACGGAAACUCGAGGCAAAAACAAGGAGCUUAAAAUACUCCAGCUUUGUCUCUGAGGCGUCCUCUGCAGUCAGAGGAGGUCGUGUCUCAGCGUCUUCAUCUGCUGCUCGUCUUCACACCGUCGUGUCUCAGGUUUAACUUUAAAGUUUGCCCCUCGUCGUUAUUCAAACAUCCAGUCAGGUUGUUUUAGUUUUAGUAAAAACCUAAAACUUCUGCCCAGGUCACAAAGAGAGAGUGUGAACGAUGAAGUCGUGGUCAUGUACAUUACACAGAGCGUUAGUGUGUUUGUCUCACAGAGUUUUUAAAUCAUUAUUAAACUCGAUCACAUCCGCUUCAUCACUUAUUUGACUGCUUUUAAUAAAACUCAGCAUUUUCUUCUGUGCUUUCAAAAUAAAAGUCUUCUGUGUAGGGAGACUGUGCACUCUAAACAUUUUUUAGUCCUUAAAAAUAACUUGAAUAUAUUUAUUUACAUGUAAAUUUUCCAUGUAAUUUAGUUGCAUAAGUACAGUUUAAAAUGUUAACUUGACUGCUAUACAUUCAGUUUACACCAAGCAUAUUUUCCUUAAUAAUUAGCUAUUUAAAUCAAUGAAACGUUGACUUUUACAUAUUUCAGCUGCACUUAAAAUUGUUGCUUAUGCUUAUUAAGAGUGAAGAAUCAUUAUUUGAGUGUAACUUUAAGUUCUCAGACCGGUUUUAUUGUGACACACCUGUGCAGGAAGUACUGAGAUUCACUGACAGCUCAACAACAAUUAUAAGAAACAAUUUCACAAUAAAAGCCAAUAAUUCUGAAUGCUUUUACUGUGAAAUAAGGGGGUACAGCAGUUUCUUUAAAACUAGCUUAGCAGUGACAAAAACACACAAGGUAGAAAACACUGAUGAUCAGCAGAGAAACACAUUUAAAGUGUUUUUAUCAGGAUGAACGCUACGCUCGAUGCGGGAUGCUUCAGGUAUCGUAGGUAGGUUAUGUCAGCCCUGCUGUGGAAAACCUCUCUGCUGUUGAUUAAAAUGAUUAAAUUAUUGAAGGCUUUAUGUGAGCUGAGUAAAGUGCUGGGAUUGUUUUCAUGUUCACUUUGAGAUGACUCUAAUAUUUCAUAAUCGUCUGUAUUUAAACUGUAUUUAAACGAUUCAGUCGAAUACUCUGAAUAAUGUACUCACUCUGUGUCUGUCUUCUACUUCCUCUCUGCUUUUAUUUUGAAAACUUGAACUUUUGUUUGUUUCCUGGUUUUGGUGCAAUAACUGACGUAUUUAUGUGACGAAGCGUGUACCGUGGUGCGGACUGUAACGUUGUUGAAGCACCGAGAGGAAAAAGCACUUUAAAACAAACAAACGUCUCACCUGCUGAACGUAACUUUAUUUUUUUUGUCUCAUUAACGUUGAUGCAGCGUUCUGGUCGUACCAAGUGAAAGCGUAGCGCCUGUAUUCCUGUCAGCGAGGCUCUCUGCAGCUCAUUGGUUGAUAUUUACGGUCCUCUUCUGUCAUUGGCUGACAUUUCUCUGAUGCUGCUGAAAUAAAAUUAAUCGUCCCCA